AUGGUCCACUUUACCAACUGGGUUGCACUGGCCGUGUUCGUAUCCCAUGUUUCUACGGCCUCCUUCCGAACAGGACAAGCUCCGUUGUCCCAUCCUCAAACAUUCAUUCAGAAAAGUAUAUUCGGACAGCGCCGGGACGUGGUCAUUGAUUCGCAUGACGAUUUCACCAUAAAUGAUGAUUUCAAUGAGAACACUCCCUAUGAAGACAUUGCUACGUUCGCUCAUUUGAAUUGGACCAAUUGUUUUUCUCCGGACAAUGACGGAGUCUUCGACAUUGGUAUUGUAGGGGCCCCGUUUGACCUUGGUGUCACGUAUAGGCCUGGCGCUCGCUUUGGGCCUUCAGGAGCCCGCAUGGGAGCGCGUCGGUUGGCGCCUAGUAUGGGAUAUAGGCUAGUUACCGUAUUUGGAGGACUGAGUGAGAAUAUGUUUGCUUACAAAAAAAUAACCCUUCCCGCUCUGAGAUCACUGCAUCCGACAUGGGGUAAAGUCGCCGUGUUACAUUUCGAUUCGCACCUUGACAGCUGGGACCCAAAGAAGUUAGGAGGUGGUCUUUCUAAGUAUGCGGAAGUUACCCACGGCAGUUUAUUGCAUCUUUCCCGUGAGGAAGGCCUCCUGUCAGGGAACAACAACAUGCAUUUAGGCUCUCGAUCCAUGCUCUUUGACAAAGAUUACGACCUGGACAACGAUGCUCGAUGUGGCUUCUCAUAUAUUCGAGCAAGGGAGCUUGAUGUGAUUGGAUUAGAUGCCGUCAUUGAGAGAAUUUUGAAGACCGUUGUCGAUCAAUUCGUGUACCUGCGUGUUGAUAUCGAUGUUUUAGACCCAGCCUUUGCACCAGCAACAGGUACAAUCGAACCCGGUGGUUGGACAACUCGUGAGCUAUUACAGAUACUGAAUGGGUUAUCAAGGGCUGGUGUGAAGAUAAUCGGAGCGGAUGUGGUUGAAUUUUCCCCAGUCUAUGAUGAUGCGGCCGAGAGGACAGCCGUCGCAGUGGGUCAGAUCGUGUACGAGAUCUUCCAGUGGAUGAUUCGUGUACCAGUAGGCCAUGUGGAGUAGUGGCGUGUCUAGAACAAAUGACAGACCGAAGUUUGAUUGAGGUAUGGGGCUUCACUUGGUUUCUGCCAGCGCUCAUCGAGAAGUCCUAAAGUGCGCCUCACAUUUACAAUGCAAUACCCGCUUUGCAACACCUCGAGGCGUCUG